AUGAAGUUGAAACAAAUAUACCUAUUUAUCGUUUUAUUUUACGUAUCCAAUGUCUCUUGUAGACGUAUGGUCAAUACAAUCCCGGCUCUUUUUGCAUCCUAUUCAUUGGUUCCUGGAUUGAAGAAAUCACUACCUCACAGUGAACAAAUGCCGUUUUCUGAACACGAAGCAAAUGUUUAUUUGACUAGGGCUUUAGAGCAGUGUAAUAAUGAUCAUUAUAUUUUUGUGAAAGUUCCCGGUUUAAGAGUAACCGACUUUCAAAACUUUAGUGCAUGGACAAACUUGAGAAAUAGGUUGGUCAAAGCAAGUACAAUUUUUGCCAUGCCUAAUGUACUUGAUGGAAGAGGCGUGAGUAUGACUCGACACAAUGAUGAAUAUGAGAUUAUAAAAUGGGAGGCGUUAGAAUCAACUUUAGAAAAUUAUUGUGAUGUCAUGAAAUACAAUAUAAAACAUAUGAAUCCAGAAGAAUUUCCAAAAUAUCAAGGCACCCGCAAGAUCCUGUUGAAGGUUGAGGUAUUCAAUUUCUUAGAGUAUGAAGAGGUUGAGGAUAAUAGAAUAGAAUUUUUACAACAAAUAGAUGAAUUGAUUAGAGAUCUUUGUAGAAGAUUUCCAACUCCUAAGUUUUCGAUUUUGCUAGCAGGUACCACUUCAACUGAGGUUAAAUACGAUGAGAUAGCGGAUAGAGAUGAAGUUAUUGAGUUUCAUGAAGUCCCUGAUGAUCCAAAGGUUUUAAGUGUAGCAAUGAGGGAAAAAGUUAGGAAAAGUAAAAGAGUCAUCUUCCCUGAUAUUACUGUUUUUGAUAAAUCUAGGUAUUUUGAGUAUGACAGAUCACAGUUCCAUGAGCGCCCGAGCUUCAACGAUUUGAAAGAAAAUCAGUGGGUAAAAGAUAUGGGCAAAGGAGAGGAUGAUCUCAUUGAUGAUACAUGGCUUGAAAAAAAGACGAAAAAAAUUGUGAAGGAUGAAAAGUUAUACAAGUUUGGUGAAAAUGAGGAAUUUGUAUCAGUAUUUGCGAAUAAGCAGUUUGUUAGGGACAACUCCUUACUUCUAGCAUCUGCUACACUUUUGUUUGUUGUUUUCGUUUCUUUUGAUAUUUUGAGAGGAGCGUUUUUAGCCAUCAAGAGAAUUUUAAAUUCAAGUGAUGUCAAACCUAAACCUUCAAAAAAAUCAGUGAAGGUUGAAUAA